UGAAAACUUGCGGGUGUGACAGAGAAGUCAUUGAUGACGUGACGCAAUCAGUUGGUGUGACUUUGACGACCUUUAAAAGUCUUUGAAAAUUUUUAGUUGAGUUCUGCGUGCUAAACAGAAGAGCUGUGUUCGAUUUUAAGCAAGAAAACUUACCGAUACACAAGAUGCCCACCACUUGGACCUACCCCGACCAAGCUCUCCAAGAUGAGCUCCGCAAGAUCGCAAACGCCAUUGUUGCCCCUGGAAAAGGUAUCUUGGCCGCCGACGAAUCGGUGUCCACCAUGGGCAAGCGUCUCGCCGACAUCGGAGCCGAAAAUACUGACGAAAACCGCAGAAAAUACAGACAACUCUUGUUCACCACCUGCCCCACCCUGGGCGACUACGUUUCUGGAGUGAUCCUGUUUCACGAGACUGUCUACCAAAAAUCAGACGAUGGCACGCCAUUCGUAGAGUUGCUGAAACAGAGGGGAAUAAUUCCCGGCAUCAAGGUCGACACUGGAGUAGUUCCGUUGUUUAACGCCACCAACGAAGAAUGCACCACACAAGGGCUGGACGAUCUGGCCAAACGCUGCGCCCAAUACAAAAAAGACGGGUGCCACUUCGCGAAGUGGCGUUGCGUGCUGAAAAUCUCCGCCAACACGCCCAGCUACCAGGCCAUCUUGGAGAACGCAAACGUUUUGGCGCGCUACGCUUCGAUCUGCCAGGCCAAUCGCAUCGUGCCGAUCGUCGAGCCGGAAAUCCUUCCCGACGGGGAGCACGACCUCGAAAAGUGCCAGAAGGUCACCGAGACAGUCUUGGCCUUCGUCUACAAGGCUCUGGCCGACCACAACGUCUUCCUAGAAGGUACCUUGUUGAAACCCAACAUGGUUACUCCCGGUCAGAGCGCCAAAACUAAGGCAUCCGCGGAAGAAAUCGCCAAGGCUACCGUUACCGCUUUGUCCCGCACUGUCCCGCCAGCGGUUCCCGGAGUCACCUUCCUUUCCGGCGGUCAAUCCGAAGAGGAAGCUUCGGUCAACUUGAGCGCAAUUAACUCUUUCCAAGGCAAAAAACCAUGGGCUCUCACCUUCAGCUACGGUCGCGCCCUUCAGGCCUCCGUACUCCGUGCAUGGGGCGCCAAAGAUGAGAACGUCAAGGCAGGACAGAACGAACUUUUGAAACGCGCAAAGGCCAAUAGCGAAGCCUCCUUGGGCAAAUACGUCGCCGGAAGUGUCUCGGGCACAGGCGGUGAUGCCAGCUUGUUCAUCAAAGACCACGCCUACUAAUUAAUGGCGCCGUCUUAAGAAUUGAAUUAGAUUUUCGCGUGAAUGUUUUUUAUUGAACAAUUUUAUCAAGUCGUGGUCAAAAUUUGUCAAAGUUUUAGCGUAGAAAUGUAUGGUUUUAUUAUGGACAUCGUUAUACCACAAAUCUACACACUUUUUUUUAUUUAUAAAUAUAUUUUUUAAUUGUUUUAUUAUAUGCAUGUUAUUGUUACUAAGACAUAUUAUUGUAAAUUAAAUGUUAAUAAAUGGAACAAAAAGUUAAAA